UCCCCAAUUCCGGCCACGCCCCAGCGCCUCCGCCUCCCCCCCUUCACUCCCCUCCCAGCUCCUCCGCCGCCCCCGUCCCCGUCUCCUCCGCCGCCUCCCUCCGGCCCGAUAUCCACCCGCGCGCUUCCUCCCUCCCUACCCCUCUUCCCCAGCGCCGCCGCCUCUUCCACCAACUCCAUCCGCCAAUCUAGAAAGAAACCCCUAUUUGUUGCGCUACCGCCGCCCUCUUUGAUUCGGCUGAUCUGAUCGGUCGCUGAGCCGAUGGGCAGCGACGCCGAGGAAGUGUCCCAGCCGGCGUCGUCGCCGGAGUACGAGCAGGACGACGAGGACGAGGACUGCUACCUGAGCGAUCAGGAGGACGAUGCCCUAGAGGAGUCCGUCCUCCAGGUCCUCGAGGACGGCAACCUCGAGGACUGCCAUUGGUCCUCCUCCUCCGUGAUCACCAAGGAAUACCUCUUGGCGGCGCAGAGGGAGGAUCUGAGGAAGGUGAUGGAGCUGCUAGGGUUAAAGGAGCACCACGCAAGGACGCUUCUAAUCCACUACCGCUGGGAUGUGGAGAGGAUAUUCGAGCUGCUCGAUCAGAAGGGGAGGGAUAGGCUCUUCUCCGAGGCUGGUAUUCCUCUCGGAACUGCCAAUAAUGCUGGCUCGCCCUCUGCGACGGAGGUCACCUGCAAUGUUUGUUACGAUGAUGUGCCCCUCACGGCCGCUUCCCAUAUGGACUGCGGCCACAACUACUGCAAUGAAUGUUGGACAGAAUAUUUCAUUGUGAAAAUAAAUGAGGGGCAGAGUCGGCGUGUCAAGUGCAUGGCUCCAAAGUGCAAUGCCAUCUGUGAUGAAGCAUUAGUCCGGAAGUUAGUAAGUGCAAAGCGCCCAGAUAUUGCUGAGCGCUUUGAAAGAUUUUUACUGGAAUCUUAUAUCGAGGACAAUGAUACAGUCAAGUGGUGCCCCAGCACACCACAUUGCGGAAAUGCUAUACGUGUCAAAGGUGAUAUUCAUUGCGAGGUGGAAUGUACAUGUGGACGCCAGUUUUGUUUUAAUUGCUCCUCAGAAGCGCAUUCCCCUUGUUCCUGCGUGAUGUGGGAGCUCUGGAUCAAGAAAUGCCGUGAUGAAUCAGAGACUGUGAAUUGGAUAACAGUAAAUACUAAGCCCUGUCCCAAGUGUCAUAAACCUGUGGAGAAGAAUGGUGGCUGCAACCUGGUUGCAUGUAUAUGUGGACAAGCAUUCUGUUGGUUAUGUGGUGGUGCUACUGGUAGAGAUCACACAUGGUCAAGCAUUAGCGGCCACAGUUGUGGCCGAUUCACAGAAGAUCAGUCAACAAGAACAGAGCAAGCAAGGCGAGACCUCUAUCGUUAUAUGCACUACCACAACAGAUACAAGGCACAUACUGAUUCUCUUAAGCAGGAAGCAAAGCUUAAGCGUGACAUCCAGUGGAAGAUAUCCAUUUCUGAAAAUAAGGAAUCCAAGAUAAAAGAUUACUCUUGGGUGAUAAAUGGACUGAACAGGCUUUUCAGAUCAAGGCGUGUUCUUUCAUAUUCUUAUCCUUUUGCAUUCUACAUGUUUGGUGAUGAGAUUUUCAAGGAUGAGAUGACUCCCGAGGAAAGAGAACUCAAGCAGAAUCUGUUUGAGGAUCAGCAACAACAAUUAGAGUUCAAUGUUGAACGGUUAUCUGGUUUCCUUGAAAAGGAUUUUCAAAAUUUUAGUGACGAGGAGGUUAUGGAUACAAUGAAGCAUGUUAUCAAUCUUUCCAAUGUGGUAGAUAGGCUCUGCAAGCAAAUGUAUCAGUGCAUCGAGAAUGAUUUGUUGUACCCUCUCCGCACGCCUCAUAAUAUUGCCCCAUACAAAUCCAAGGGUCUUGAUAGAGCCUCAGAGCUCCACAUUUGUUUGGACUCUGCUGAACAAAGUUCGCCAUCUAUGAAGUGUAGUCAGGAUGAACACAAGAGUCAGCUUGGUUUAUGUAGCGAAUCAGGCUCGUCCCUCACGGGAAAGCGACCUAUUAUUCAGAUGCACGGAUCAAGUUCUGACAACAGUGGACGCCCGUCUCACAAGAGAGAAAGAAGAGAUGCUCAUGGCGGCGGUGCUCUUUUUGAUCUCAACGUGCCAGCCGAAGUGGCGGACAAGAUCUGAAGCUCCAGUAUCUGACGGAACAUUCCGCUGCAACUGUACAGCUGACCUGUGUUUCUUCAGCUACAUAAAGGAAUCUGUGUUCUCUUUUGUUGCCUUGGGGCGCUUGCUUGCGCUGCAACCUCGCCCUGGGGCUGUGAUCCCGACCAAUAGAGCAAGCAAACUUUCAACUUAUCCUCUUGUAUAUCAUGACAUGACAUGAUGCCGUUGUGCAUAGUUCCUAUAAUGCUAAAUCUACCUGUUGAGCAAGAAGAUGACUUUUUGGGAGAGAACUGUAGAGAUGUUCUACUAUAUUUGUGCUGCAAAUUGCAAUUUAUUGUAGAA